CAAUCAGGAGCGGCCACCGUGUGUUUGGAAACAACAUUCCUCCUCUCCGAGGUCCCGAGUGACGGGGACGGACACACGGAGCGACGCACCGCCGCAGUCAACUCCACCGAGUCCCGGAGAAAAGUCCUUCAUGUCGCUUCUGUCUUCGUGUCUCAUCGCGUGUAGUUGACGAGCGAGUGAGCGACGGCGUCGUUUCCACCCAGCGCGAGACUUUUGACCGAGUGGAAGAGAAACAAACAUGGACGCGGGGGAUUCUCGAGAAGAAGGAAGGGCGACGAUCACCCUCCUCGUGAAGACGCCCAACCAGGUCCGGGAGGACUUCGUCGUCGACGGCGUCCACCUCGACUGGACCGUGAGGGAGCUGAAGGCGCGGCUGACCACGGUCUACCCCACCGGGCCGGCCGUGAGCGAGCAGAGACUGAUCUACGCUGGCAAACUGCUUCCUGACCACCUGCACGUAAAAGAUAUCUUCAGACAGACGGACUCCGUUCAAACGCUGCACCUGGUGUGUACGUUUAGGAAUCAAGACCCAGCAGGAGCCAGACCCAAGACGACGGAGACGGAGCAGCCACACCCCUCCGGUUCCAGACCCACGGCUGCAGCCUCCGCUUCACCCGGUCCCAGCGGCUCCAACACACUCCAGACUCCGAGUUCACCCGAGCUGAGGCAGAGGAGACGGACGUCUGCCGCCGCCACCGCUGCUCCCGCAUGGCCUCCUGCUGCUGCUGUGCCGGCAGCGCCGCAGAUCGCCCAGCCGACGUUUCCCACCUACUCCCUGUACAGCCCCCAGCAGCUGAUGUGGCUCCAGCAUGUCUACGCUAGACAGUAUUACAUGCAAUACCACGCAGCGUUGGCGGCGGCGGGCUCCGUCCCCUCCGCGCCGGCGUCGGUCGCGGCCGGCCCGUGCCCUCCCGUUCCCGCCCACCAAGUCCCGGUGCCUGCCCCGCUGGCCAAUCAGAACCCCAUCGACAACCUGCCGGCGAACCAGAACCCGGCGCAGGACGGCGCCUUCAUCAACCCGGGCGAGGCCAACCAGAACAUGCGGAUGAACGCGCAGGGCGGGCCCGUGAUGGAGGACGAGGAGGCGGUGGAGCGCGACUGGCUGGACUGGCUGUAUUCGGCCGCCCGGUUCUGCGUUCUUCUCGUGAUCGUCUACUUCAACUCCAACCUGAGUCGCUUCCUGAUGGUGAUGAGCACGCUGCUCCUCAUGUACCUUCACACUGCCGGUUGGUUUCCCUUCCGACGGCGUCAGGUUCAAGGCCCCGAGCUUCCUCAGCCCGCCGGCGUCCAGCAGAACCAGAACAGGAUCCCCGACCCUGAUCCAGCUGUCGAGCUCGCUGACGGACAACGGGACGAAGCCGCCGCCGCGGCCGCAGCAGUGGACGGACCUGACGGACCCAUGACGGCGGUUUUAGUUCCUCCUCACAGGGUGUCCGCCGUGUGGACGGCCUGGGUUUUCUUCAAAACGUUCUUCUCCUCCCUGAUACCCGAGGCUCCGCAGGGCGUGGCCAACUGACCGGGAGGGGACUGACGGACUGACGGACACGAACGAUUAAUCUCUCCGCGGUUGUUUUGUUUGACAAGUGGGUGGACGGACGAUCGGGAAGAGGAUGUGCGGAGCCGCAGACUCGAUGAGAACAAAAGAAAGAACCUGUGUGACGUCGCUAUAAAGUUCAAUACCAGCAGAAUGACGCUGUGCCAAACGCUCGAGUGGACGGGAAACAAAAGGACAGAAACGUCAGACAUCACUCGAAUAAUAAUCAUAAAUCAUUCGCUGGAUCCUUAACUCUCCAUCUGACCAAACCUCCACAACUGGUUCAUGGCUCAACCCAAAGUUUUGUAUUGACUGAACAGCAGGUGGCAGCCGAGGGUAAGAAAACACUUCACUGUUGCACCUAAAAGUUUGAAAUCAGCUCGUCUGAUUCUCUCUCUGAACUGUCGACGCCUGUAUUCGAUAUUUAGUUAAAGCUGUUUAACAGUUGGACAGAUUUCUUUCACUUUCAGACUGUUUCCGGCUAUGGAAGUAAAGAAAGGUCAAAAAAACUCCAGAUUUGAAUGGAUUUAUAUAAUAUGUUAUAACUUUCAGUUUCUAAUAAGAAAAUUCAAGUUUAAAGUUUUCCGACAUCAUAUGGAAGUUGCUCACAUUGAUUUGGCUUCAAGUUGCUCAACUAUAUCGUUUUAAUUCAGAAAAUCUAAAUCCAGAAGGGAGAAGUUCAAAUGUGAACAUCCGAGGUUAUCGAGGAGAAUCGAACGAGAGCCAAUGGACUCAAUCUGUCGUCUGACUGGUCGACUUCCGUUCAGUCAGUGGGACGAAAAAGAUCUAGAUCAUUUUAAUUCAGACAGAUGUUAAUCAAAGUAAGAUUUUUAGUACUAAUUGAAUAAAUAUCUUCAACUGAGUUCACACCAAACGCAAAGCAAAUUUUUUUUCUCUUGAGUUUGGCCGCCGGAUCAUUUAUAUUUACUCGCACGAGUGACGCAUGUUAACACAACCUCAGAACCUCCGCCCCAUUUCUGGAGGACGCUGACGUCAGUGACAUCGGGAGGAUCUCAAAGCUGAUUGGCUUUCGCGACAUUGCGUCACGCUUAUAAAUAGCUUGAGUUGAAAUAUUUCAACUCGAGCAAAUGGUGCGAGUUUUGCCUCUUUUGCGUUAUUUGGUGUGAACGCACCAUAAUUUGCUCAUGAAAUUCUAAUGAUUUUGCCUUUCUUUGCUUCCAUACAUUCACUUUACUGGAUAUGAAACCGCAACAGACUGAAACCCACCACAUUCAUGUGUUCAUUAAAUAAAUAUCAUGAUUCAGCUCUCAUAUAACUUUUCUUUUAAGGAGUUCUGUUUUGGGUUUUAAUUAUUAUUAUUAUUAUCGAGCGUCAGAUGACAAUGUUUUUCUUCCAGAUCAUUGGGUACAUUUUCUGUCAAAUAUUGAUAUUUGGGAAAAGGAAAAAAAAAAAAGUAUUGUAAAGUCUUGUAAAUAUCUGUACACAAAGCACUUUACAACAUGUAUCUUAUGCAAAGCUUCUUUACCUAUAGAUGAGUUAUGAUUUAUUUUUCUUCUCGUGAAGAUUUUUUUUAAUAUAAAAACGAUGCCUCACUUUUUAAUUUUCUUUUUUUCUAAUGUCAAGUCUAAAAUCCCACACAAACAAAAAACAGGUUGAAGGUGAGUUCAGAAAAUCUAAAUCCAGAAGGGAGAAGUUCACAUGUGAACAUCCCAGGUUACCGAGGAGAAUCGAAACGAGAGCCAAUGGACUCAAUCUGUCGUCUGACUGGUCGACUUCCAUUCAGUUUGAAUUAUUUCUGAUGUCAGGAACUUUCUGUUGAAUUGAGGGAAACUGGCUCGUGGCGGCCGCUGUGUGUAGCCAUUUUGGCUCCUUGUCACUCCACAUUAGAAACUAACUGCCGCACCCUCUUAUCUUAUCGUGUUGACCGUCUCAGAUCAGACACUUAAAACGACAAUGACCUUUGGUUACUGCAAAUAAAGGUCACUUUACUCAAAAUCUUUAAAAGAAAGUUAUGAUUUUAUAAUAAUUUAAUGGUCUAUAACAAGUGGGUUUAAACUUGACACUUAAUGUUGAGACUUUAAGAUUUUCUCUCUUGAUUUGUUUCUGUGAGGAUCUUGCUUAAUCGACGAAUGCUGCAGAACGAGUUGUGUGUCGGCAAUAAUGGAUGCAAUAAAUGUUCUUAACGAUAAAA